GCGAAGGCACGUGGUACGGAAGUACCGCAAGGCCAAUAGGAACCCAUCAAUUAUAGAACGAGAAUCCAAUGGGGAGAAUGAUUGGCGUUGUUGGGUGUUACCGGCGGUUUAACUGACUGGGGCAGAGUUUCUGUAGUAGGAGGGAGAGUGGCAAAUAGCAAUAGGAUCCACAAUGGAGGAUACAGAGUUUGCUGAAGCUCGGUGUGUCUUUCGUGGGCUGGAACAUGUGGUGCGUGUCCGUGUCACUGGUGAUCGCCUGGAAGUAGAAGUGGAGGAUGCUGUGACCACAGAACAGUGGAGAGGAGAGUUUGAUGCUCAAUUUAUAGAGGACCUCACACAUAAAACUGGAAAUUUCAAACAGUUUUCCAUCUUCUGCAACAUGCUACAUUCUGCUCUUACUCAGAGCAGUGAGUCUGUGACCCUGGACCUUCUGACUUAUGCAGAUCUGGAAUUGCUUCGACAUAGGAAAGUGGGGGGGGCUUCCAGACAAGCCCCACCCCCCAAAAGCUCUGCACUCAGCUCCAAGCGUUACCUGAUACUUAUCUACUCAGUUGAGUUUGAUAGGAUACACUAUCCUCUCCCUCUUCCAUACGUUGGGAAGCCAGACCCUGUUUAUCUGCGUCAAGUAAUUCGAGAAUUAAAGGAGGAACUAGCAGCUCUUAGGGUGUCUGCUGGUGAAGGGUCCAGAGAAAGUGAAGUUCGCCGGUUGCGAGACGAGCUCCAGCGGGUAAUGGAUGAAAAGCGUGAGGCAGAACUUGCAUUAGAGAGACUGCAAGAUGUGGAGAUUCCCAUCAGCAAGGAGGCAAGUCACAUACGGAUCUUGAAAAGGGCAGUUAAGACUUUGGAAGAAGAAUUACAGAAAGAGCGCAUUCGAAGCCAACGAGCAGCCACAAAGAGGCGUGAUGAAUGCAGACAACUACAGGAACAGCUUGAUGAAGCUCGGGCUGCGGAACGCACACUGAGGCUGAAGGUGAAAAGUCUGAGUACUGAACUGGCUAUGUAUAAACGAGGGCAUGUGACUCCAACAGGGCCCUCCCCCCAGAGUCGGGCAGGGUCUGUUGGCCUGGCACCCAAACACCGCAGUGGAUCACGAGAAGGAGGGACAAGGAGGGAAAGGUCUACAUCAAGAGAAAGAAGUGUGCGAAAUUCUGGUGAGAAGAGAAGCUUAACCAGACAGUCAAGAUUGUCCCCGUCACCUGGUGGUAUCCGUCCCCCACGUUUUGAUCCUACAGCUUAUGUCAAAGACCGAGAGCGUAGGCAGAAGGAAGUGGAACUAAAAAAGGGUCGGAGAGUUUCAGCUUCCCCAACAAGUGUUAGAGGCCAGAGACGCAGUUCAUCUGUUGAAAGUCUUGGAAGUCAUCAGUCCUAUCAGAGCUCAGUGGAUGACAUGGAAGACACAGAACCACUUGCCAGCAGUAGUGGCAAGAGGUAUACAGCACGUGGGAGAAGGCCUUUUGCUCCAUCCACCUGGAACAGCCAUAAUAAUGUAAGUUCUGCAAUGACAGUAGUAAAGGGGACAAGGAAUAGAUCUUCAGGAAGAAAACGGCUUUCCAGUACCCCAACAUAUGACAGGAAAACUGAUAGAAAAUGUGAGAAAGAAAAUCAUUUUAACCCAGUCUCUGAUCUCUCGGAUAUUGAUGCCCGACUGCAGGCACUUCAAGAUUACAUGAGGAAUCUGGAUACUCGGACUUAAGUGGUUGCCCUGAAAUGGACAAGAUAACAUUCCUGUUAUCCCAUAUUCCCAUAACCUAUUAUGCAUUAUUGGGUUCUUUUAGUACACUUUAAUUAGUUUACUUCCUAGACUUUUAUUAUUGUUUCACUUGAAGACAUUUUUUAAUGCAGGUCAGAGUGAGAGAGGCUGACCUUUAUCAUUGUCUAUAAUCAGUCAGUAAAGUGCCAGACCUGUCCGUCAUAUUUUAUUUGCCUCCGUAAAUCCUCAUUAGUGUGUGUUGAAAUCAAGAUUACCUGUUGAUCACUUAAUUUUGUACAACAAUGCUCCAGCGUACUCCGAAUCCAGUGAAAGCCAAAGCAAAAGAAGGGACGAUAAUCCUUGCAGAGUCUGCAACAGCCAAAUGUUUGGAAUCAUAAUUAUUUAGAAAUCUGAUUCAUACAGCACAUGGAGUGGUUAAUGUGAUCAUAACUCGACAGCGGAUACAUAACUAAUCAGGUUUUUUUUUAUUUUGUAACCUACAUGAACUCCAAAUACCUCUCUACCACACUGUUAAAAGGUAAAUUUUAUUUUUUUGCAUUGUUUUAUAUACAGAAGAUUUUAUUUAUUAUGUUUGUAUUUUAAGGAGACCCUUUUAAGGUUUCAGUGUUUUGAUCCCAAAUAUAUAUAUGUUUUUUCAUCUUUA